GGGAACCAAGUGCUCCAAAGUUGACAGGCCGUGUUGGAGAUGAUGGAAACUCAUUUAAAGUUGUCUUGAUCAAGCAGGAUGAUGGUGGCUCCCCUAUCCGCCACUACCUUGUCCGUUACAGAGCUAAAAAUUCCCUGGACUGGAAACCUGAGAUUAAGAUAGCAUCAGACAGUGACCACAUCAUGCUGCGAUCUCUAGACUGGAGUGCUGAGUAUGAGGUUGUUGUGGUAGCUGAGAACCAGCAAGGAAAGUCAAAGGCAGCUCUCUUCAAUUUUAGAACCACAACAAAGCCCACAGUUAUUCCAGCUUCUACAAGCACCAGUCCUGGACUGAGUAUGGGAGCCAUUGCGGGUAUCCUUAUUGUCGUCUUUGUUCUUCUCUUGGUGGUUGUUGAUGUGACCUGCUACUUCCUGAACAAAUGUGGUCUGUUCAUGUGUAUUGCUGUCAAUUUCUGUGGAAAGGCUGGGCCAGGAGCCAAGGGCAAGGACAUUGAAGAGGGAAAGGCAGCUUUUUCAAAAGAUGAGUCUAAAGAGCCCAUUGUUGAGGUACGAACAGAAGAGGACAGAACACCAAACCAUGAUGGUAGCAACCAGACAGAACCCAAUGAGACCACUCCAUUAACGGAGCCUGAGCAUCCAGCUGACACCACAGCCACUGUUGAGGAUAUGCUGCCAUCCGUUACCACCGUCACAACUAAUUCUGACACUAUUACUGAAACCUUUGCAACUGCACAAAAUAGUCCCACAAGUGAGACCACCACUCUCACCUCUAGCACAGCCCCACCACCCACAUCUGCACCUGACUCAAACUCAGUUCAGUCCAGUCAGGCAACUCCUUCUAAAACAGAGGCAUCUUCAGCCUCCUCACCUCCUGCUGCAGCUUCUCCAAAAGUCGCACCUUUAGUAGACCUUAGUGAUACCCCAUCUACUAACAACCCAUCUACUGCUGUAGCCAGCCAAGGGGGAGUCUUGAAUCCUACUGCUGCAACCACUGCAGUUGAGGCUCCCAAAGCAGUUACCAGGCCUUCAGCUCCCGUUCCACCAAGUACUACUAGCCCCCCAGCUACUCCUGAAAAAGGCAAGCAGGAACCAUCAGGUACCAAAAGCCCAGAAAAAGAAACGGCACAGACCAGCACAGUGAAAAGUCCAACGGAGGCUACCAAGAAUGAGGCAGCUUCUGUCAGCAACACGAACCCCUCCCAGGGUGAGGACUUUCAAAUUGAUGGGGGGACCUUCAAGACUCCAGAAAUUGACCUUGCAAAGGAUGUUUUUGCAGCUCUUGGAACUUCUUCUUCUGCCGCUGUGGCUAGUGGGAAAGCUCCUGAGCUGGCUUCUUCCACUGCAGACACCACUGUACCGCCUGCUUCAUCAAAGGCCGAGAAGGCCCCUGUAGAAGAAAACUCUAAGCCAGAGGAAUCAGACAGCAAGAGCACCCCAGCAGAAGUGAAAACAGUCCCCAAUGAGGCCACUCAAACAAAUGCGAGCGAGAGUAAAGCAUGAUUUGUCCUCGGGGUAGGGAAGUGUUACGUGGGAAGGGAAAAGUGAAUACUAAAAAAUAAUGUCUGAAGAGCCUCAUGCUAGCCAUUUACAGAGUGAGGUACAUACACACAAACACUUCAUCAUUCCUCUCCAAUCUUGGCCUUUGUUGUUAUUAUUAUUUUUGUUUUGUUGAGUUUUUCUUUCAAUAAAAUAAAACCUGUAUGUUUUUGUGAGAUUGUAGAAAGGAUUCACCUCUUGUGUAUAUGCUUUUAUGAACAAAGUCAAGUGGUAAAGUGUUGAUAUGAGAUAUUCCAUGCAAUGCCCCCCAAAAAUAGCAUUCCCCUUUUAUUUAUCAUGUGGCAAAGGAGAGGCGUAGACAGUUCAGAACAUUGCUCAUAGCUGUUUGUUGACUUGAGACGUCACACGUGACUUUCAGCAACCAGGCAGAAUCUAAGUGUUCUCAAAAUAAAUACACUAAGCAAAAUGUCAAUGUAUGUUUUGCCCAGAACAUUUGAGCUGUAGAAAAUUGUUUUACUUGCAUGGCUGCCAAUGAGAGGAUUUAGUUGAUACAUCUGACCACUGUAUAGGCAAAUAAAAAUUGGAAAAGAGAGAAAGAAAUCUGUGUGUCUUAUAAGUCAGCCAUCUGUUUUAUUAGGAACAAUACAGGAUAUGAAUGAAAAUAUGUUUGAUGGCAUUAUUGUCUGUUGUUUAUCCCUUUUGUUGCUCUUUCCGUAAUGGCUAUCCUAAAUGCACUCGAUCUUGUACCAAGUCAACACAACAUGGGUUUUGUCCAACAGAAAGCAUCUUUAUUUUAUACUGGAAUUACAACUUUAAUGCAGGAGAUUUCUGCAGAACCAUCCAUUGGCUAAGAUCAUCUCAUGAGCAAACUGGAGUGAGAGACAAUUAAAAAAGACUUUUGGUAUGUUUAGAUUAAACAGGUGUUGUUGAUGUGACUGGUGCACUGUUAGGCAAGUGGAUACAUUGCUUUUUUCUCAGUCCAGCCAAAGUGAUGAACAAUUGAAUAUACAAUGAAUGUUGUCCUGAGUUUAUGAAGAGCACUCUGAGAUCCAUUUAGCUAGAUAAAACACUGGUUUUGGAAAAACAUAGCCUGACAAUAUCACUUUGAAUUACACACUUUACUAUUAAAAACAG